AUGGCAACCAGUGGUUCUAAUCAACCUAACGAUGAAAAUAAUCCUCAAGCUGUUGCUGGUGAUGGACCACCAAAAACAGCAAAACAAUUAGCGAAAGAAGCUGAAAAAGCAGAAAAAUUAAGAAAAUUUGAAGAAAAACAACGAGCUAAAGCAGAAGCUGAAGAACAGAAAAAAGCUAAAGAAGCAGCGGAAGGUAGUGGAAAGAAAAAAGGUCCAACACGUGACAUAACUGAAUAUACAUCACUGACAAAUAUUGGCGAGAAAAAAGAUAUUCAUUGUGAAUUACCCAAAGCUUAUAGUCCAAAAUAUGUUGAAUCUGCUUGGUAUACAUGGUGGGAAAAAGAAGGUUUUUUUCGUCCUGAAUAUUAUGAUCAACAUCCACCAUCAAAUGCUUCAACACCAAGAAAAUCAUUUACUAUGGUUAUUCCACCACCAAAUGUUACUGGUUAUCUUCAUUUAGGUCAUGCUAUUAUGUGUACACUUGAAGAUACAAUUACAAGAUGGCAUCGUAUGUGUGGUGAUACAGUUCUUUGGGUUCCUGGAUGUGAUCAUGCUGGUAUAGCAACACAAGUUGUUGUUGAAAAAAAACUUUCACGUGAACAAAAAUUAACAAGACAUGAUUUAGGACGAGAAAAAUUUUUAGAAGAAGUUUGGAAAUGGAAAAAUGAAAAAGGUGAUCAUAUUUAUGAACAAAUAAAAGCAUUAGGUUCAUCAUGUGAUUGGUCACGUAAAGUAUUUACUAUGGAUAAAGAUAUGUCGUAUGCUGUUGAAGAAGCAUUUAUUCGUAUGCAUGAAAAAAAAUUAGUUUAUCGUUCAACACGAUUAGUUAAUUGGUCAUGUAGACUUAAAUCGGCUAUAUCUGAUAUUGAAGUUGAAAAAACGGAAUUAAAAGGUCGAACAUUAAUUAAUGUACCUGGUUAUAAGGAACCAGUUGAAUGUGGUGUUUUAAUUUAUUUUGCUUAUCCAAUUGAAAAUUCAAACGAAGAAAUUGUUGUUGCAACAACUCGUCUUGAAACAAUGCUUGGUGAUACAGCUGUUGUUGUUCAUCCUGAUGAUGAACGUUACAAACAUUUACAUGGUAAAUAUGUUCAACAUCCAAUUCUUCCACGUCGUUUACCAAUUUUAACUGAUACAAUGGUUGAUCCAGCAUUUGGUUCUGGUGCAGUUAAAGUAACACCAGCACAUGAUCCAAAUGAUUUUGAAUGUGGACGUCGUCUAUCAUUACCAUUUAUAACAUGUAUUAAUGAUGAUGGAUUAAUGUCAUCUGAAUGUGGUCCAUAUGCUGGUAAACCACGUUUUGAAGUUCGACGUCAACUCUUAAAUGAUUUAAAAGAACGUGGUCUUUAUCGUGAUUCGAAAGAAAAUGAAAUGAUUUUACCAAUAUGUAGUCGAAGUAAAGAUAUUAUUGAACCAUUACUUAAACCACAAUGGUAUGUUAAUUGUAAAACAAUGGCACAACGUUCAAUUGAUGCUGUACGAUCAAAAGAAUUAAAAAUUUUACCAUCUAUGUUUGAACCUGUUUGGUAUAGAUGGUUAGAAGAUAUACGUGAUUGGUGUAUAUCACGACAAUUAUGGUGGGGUCAUCGUAUACCAGCGUAUUUUAUUAAAUCAAAUGAUAUACCACCAGGAGAUGAAACUGAUGAUCAAUAUUGGGUUAGUGCUCAUUCAUAUGAUGAAGCACUUGAAAAAGCAGCUAAAAAAUUUAAUGUUUCAAAAGAAAAAAUUCGAUUAGAACAAGAUGACGAUGUUCUUGAUACAUGGUUUUCAUCGGGUCUUUUUCCAUUUUCAUCAUUUGGUUGGCCAAUGGAAACUGAUGAUUUAAAACGAUUUUUUCCAACAACAUUACUUGAAACUGGUCAUGAUAUACUUUUCUUUUGGGUUGCACGUAUGGUUAUGAUGUCAUUAGAAUUAACUGAUCGUUUACCAUUUACUGAAAUUUAUUUACAUGCUAUUAUUCGUGAUGCACAUGGACGUAAAAUGUCAAAAACAUUAGGUAAUGUUAUUGAUCCACUUGAUGUUAUUAAUGGUAUAUCACUUGAAAAACUUCAAGAACAAUUAAAAACAUCUAAUCUUGAUCCAAAAGAAUAUGAACGUGCACGACAAGGUCAACAAGAUGAUUAUCCAAAUGGUAUUCCAGAUUGUGGUACUGAUGCAUUACGUUUUGCUUUUUGUGCUUAUGCUAAUCAAGGUCGAGAUAUUAAUUUAGAUGUCUUACGUGUUGAAGGUUAUCGACGUUUUUGUAAUAAACUUUGGAAUGCUAUUCGAUUUGCAAUGUCAAAAAAUUUAGAUAUUAAUGAUCCAAAUUGUUUUGAACCACCAGCAGAAUUUAAACUUACAGGUACUGAAAAACCAUGUGAUUUAUGGAUUUUAAGUCGAUUAAGUUAUGCUAUUGAACAGUGUGAAAUUGGUUUUAAUAAUUAUUUAUUUCCUCAAGUUACAACAACUAUUUAUAAUUUUUGGCUUUAUGAAUUAUGUGACAUUUAUAUUGAAUAUAUUAAAAAAGAUUUAUAUGCAAAAGAUCCUGAUUUAAAACGACAAGAAACUAUUAAAUUAAUAUUACAUACAUGUUUAGAUAAUGGUUUAAGAUUAAUUGCACCUAUUAUGCCAUUUGUUUCCGAAGAACUUUAUCAACGUUUACCAAAACCAAAUAAAGGACGAAAUGCACCACCUAGUCUUUGUGUUACACCAUAUCCACAAUCGAGUCAAUUUAAGCAAUAUCGUAAUGAAGAACUUGAAGCAAAUGUUGUCACUAUUUAUGGUGCAAUUAAUAAAAUUCGUUCAUAUCGUUCAGCACAAAAGAUUCUUUCAAAAGAAAAAGAUAAUCUUUAUAUUCGAGCUUCACCAUCAACAUCAUUACUUUUUACGGCAUUCGUUGAUCUGAUUGAUCCACUUGCCAAUAUUGAUAAUAUUCAAUUGCUUAAUGAGGAAUCAACAUCUGAACAAAAUGGAUAUAUAACAAUUGCAACAUCAUCGGAUUAUACGCUUUAUUUUAAAUCGAAAUAA